CUUUCUCAAUUUCGUAUUUUGUCAUUACAAAAAUGGAGGGGAAUAUGUGCUGUUGAUGGGAAUUUCUAUGGAGCAGCAGAAGAAAGAAGAGGAAAAGAGAUCAGAGAAUUUCAUGGCGAAUUUGACAUUUACCGACGAGAUUUCGGCUAGCUUUGCAGCUUCUGCCGGCAGCAGCAUCUUUGACGAUAAGUGGGGUUCUUUAGGUUUCAUGGAUUUGCUGGGUAUCAAUCAGGAUUUUUCUUCUCCUUCUUUAUUCGAUUCGUUGAUUCAGUCUCCGUUCAUACCUCCACCACCACUACCAGCAGCACCAGCACCAACACCAGCAGCAGCGCCGUUACAAAAGCAACAAGAAGUACAACAGCAAGCACUUCCUUCGCCGGCUUCCACAGUACCAGAAUCAUCGGAGGUUUUGAACACUACUGCUCCAACUACGCCUAAUUCUAUUUCGAUCUCUUCUUCAUCGAAUGAAGAACAGAGCAAAGGAGGAGAUGAAGAGGAGCAAGAACAAGAUGAUCAGAAGAAUAAGAACAACUUGAAACCCAAAAAGAAGAACCAAAAAAGGCAAAGAGAGCCAAGAUUUGCCUUCAUGACAAAAAGUGAAGUGGAUCACUUGGAUGACGGCUACCGGUGGAGAAAGUACGGCCAGAAAGCAGUCAAGAACAGCCCUUACCCCAGGAGCUAUUAUCGUUGCACUACGGCUCGAUGUGGAGUGAAGAAGAGGGUAGAGAGGUCUUCUGAUGAUACGACCAUCGUGGUCACAACCUACGAAGGACAACACAUGCAUCCUUGCCCGAUUACGCCUCGGGGGAGUAUGGGGAUGCUACCGGAUAACAGUGGUUAUGGUGCUGCUGUUGCGGCUUCAGUGCCUUUCGUUGUUCCACAACCUCACUAUUUACACCAGCAACAGCAACCCUUUCUAAUCAACCCAUCAACGUCUUUGAAUAUCACCGGUAGCUCAAGUUUCAAUCAUCCCACAUCUUUCCCUUCUUUGAUUCAAGAGAGACUAGUAUUUAGUCCUUCUAUGGCACCGUCUGUACUGGUUCGAGAUGGACUUCUUCAGGAUAUCGUUCCAUCGCAGAUGAGAAACGAGAAGAAAGAGGGGUAGAUUAAUGGUGUUAGAUUUUUCUGGUAUGAAAUUUUAUCACUCAGCUGACUGACUCAUGGGGGUUUGGCUUUAGAUUUUUUUUUUUUCUUUCAGAUUCUAUACAUAUAUAUGAUCUUGUAAGAUGCUUAGCCCCCGUUUAGGCUUAAAUUUGUAGUACUGGUAGUUAUGUACUUGUAUUUCCCUCUGUUAUUCUUUGUAUUUAGUUAGUGUUCAAUCAUGGAGAUAUAUAUAUAUAUAUAUAUAUAUAUUGCCUUUUGCUUCCCCCAUUUUUGUUUAGUGCUUCCCUCUUUUUCAUUCUUCUAUGGCGGCCCAUUUUGUUUCUCCAAAUUGAUAUCACUAGAAAGAAAACAAACAACUAGGGUUAGGGUUCGGAAGUAAACCUUGAUAUUAGCUUUUUGUUUGUUUGUUUGACAUGAAAUGUUUGAGAACUUUUUUUUUUUAAUCGGUUUCUCGAGUUUCUUUUAUUGUCGACGACCAUCUUUCCCCUGCUUUUUCUAAGGUAAGCAUUUUCCAAGAAACCCAUUCUUUUGUUUAUGGGAGCAGCUACUAGCUAGAAAGACUCACAAGCAUUUUCCAGGAAAACCAUUGGCUGCAUUUUUCUAAGCAUGUUCUAGGAAGGGGGAAACCAUUCUUUUGGUUGUUGCUACGAAGGAUCAUCAGUAGUUUUAGCGAGGGAACCAUUCUUCAUUGUUGUUAAAAUUGCAUCUUCCCCAUCGUUAAAGUCUCUCUUCUUCCUUAACCUUGUUUCUUCGCUGUAAGCUUUAAAAUCUUAAUUUAAUUUCCUGGUACAUAAAUGCAUUUUCUACCA